UCACAGAAGAGAUGGAGUGCUCCUGAAAAGCUAUGUAGAGGGAAGACAAUGGGGAUCUCAGGAUAGACCAGGCUCCUAACUGGGCUGCGGAUGCCUUUCGCACCAUUGCGAUCUGCUCAUCACAGAAGACACAGUCUGCCCUUUUCAUCAAACCCCCCCCCCUCCCUGCCUUAUUCUCCAUUCCUUGAAAUGACAGCUGUAUUUUCUUUCUUUUUUUUUAAACCUUGUAUUUUGAUUGUAUAAAUAUGAGAAGCUCCUUCCCACAUCUCCAGACAGGUCCUCUUCAGAAUCCUGCCACAGAUGACUUUACAGUACCUAGACUUUAGCAAGCUGCAAUAGCCAGUUUCCCAUCCCCCUCCCCCUCCCCUCCCCUCUAUCCGACACACAGAUCCAUACCUACACCAAUAGAUGUAUGUAGCUGAUUUCCUCUCUACAUCUUCAGAAAAGGAUGACUCAGAUCUAGGAGCAAAAUCACUAAGUACCUGGGGAAGAAAGAAAUCAAGUAGACGUUCUUUCCAUGCAGAAGAAGAAUUGUCAGGCUGGGGAUACUGACACACACACACAUAUAGAUGUCAUUGACUCCAAGGAAUGCCAUCCCAAGAUUUGUUGAAGCGGUAACUAUGCAGAGGCUAAGAGAAGACUACCGCAGCUCUUAGAUUGCGUGUCUACAAGGUACAGCACAGCACCAUUGACUGUCUUCUCCCUGCCUCCUAGAAUGAGUAAUUGCAGCAGUCGUGCACUGACCCUACUCAGUAGUGUCUUUGGAGCGUGUGGUCUCCUUCUCGUCGGCAUAGCCGUUAGCACUGAUUACUGGAUGUACGUGGAAGAAGGAAUCGUUCUACCUCAGAAUCAAACUACUGAAGUCAAGAUGGCAUUACAUGCAGGCCUCUGGAGGGUGUGCUUUGUAGCUGGUAAAGACAAGGGUCGGUGUGUUGCUUCUGAAUUUUUCCAUGGGCCGGAUACAGAUGCUGUGACAGAAAAUACUGCAAACAUACUGAAGACUAUCCGCAGUGCAACCCCAUUUCCUAUGGUUAGCCUUUUUCUUGUGUUUACGGCCUUUGUCAUUAGCAACAUUGGGCAUAUCCGACCACAGAGGACCAUACUAGCAUUUGUUUCUGGAAUUUUCUUCAUACUUUCUGGCCUUUCCCUAAUUGUAGGUUUGGUUUUAUAUAUCUCAAGUAUAAAUGAUGAAGUCAUGAACCGGCCCAGCAGCUCUGAACAGUACUUCCACUACCGAUAUGGCUGGUCCUUUGCUUUUGCAGCCUCAUCUUUUAUGCUUAAAGAGGGUGCUGGUGUUAUGUCCGUAUACCUGUUCACAAAGCGCUAUGCAGAGGAGGAGAUGUAUCGUCCUCAUCCAGCUUUCUAUCGUCCUCGACUCAGCGACUGUUCAGACUACUCAGGCCAGUUUCUCCACCCUGAGGUGUGGCACCGUGGCCGAAGUCCAUCUGACAUCUCUAGUGAUGUCUCAAUCCAGAUGACCCAGAACUAUCCACCAGCCAUCAAGUACCCAGACCACAUACACAUAUCAACAUCCCCCUGCUAAAAGCAAAAUCAGUGGUAAACUUUUUGGAAGAUCUAAGCAUCUCCUUAGGAUACAGUUCUCUAAAGAGAUGACACAGCUUGGCCUGUUCAACUCGAGACAGAGUACUGUGGAGCUAAAACUAUGAACCUUUACUUCCAAAUGUCUGGAAACUUCCAGCCCCAGUACCUGGAAAUCAAUUCUUUUGACUUUGAUCUCGUUUAAGUUUUAUUAUUUUAACUUUACUAUUGUUACCUUGGCUAUUAUUUCCAGACGAUUUCACAAUAUGAUUUAGCCAUAACUUGUUUUAAUCUCUCCUUAGCUUAUGUUAUAUUUUUUCAGAAACUAGACUCAUUUAUUUGAUUCUUUUAUCAUCUUCCUCAUUCAUUUCUACUAUAAAAAAAUCUUAAUAUCUUGA